AUGACCAUCCAAGAGGAGUACACACUGCUACAGGGCUUCCAGGUGGACCAGCUCUUACUGGAUGCUUGGGGAACAGGCAGGAUCGACGAGGAGGGAAGGGACAGCAAAGCGAUCGGGGAAGAAUCGACAGGCUUUGCCAAGAGUGACCGGGUGGACGCACGCAGGCUGGAAAGGAACCCCCGGACUACGCAGCAGAACCCCAAGAAGCCCACAACACGCAGGGGCAGAGGAAACUCUGCCUCCGAAGUAAGUGACGUGUGUUGUGGAUCUGUGGGGGCAACCAACUGCCUUGAGCUGUGGGCUUGCGGGCUCAUGCGUUGUACGCUGGCUGUGUGGUUCUGUGGACAGGGGGCGAUUGGGACCCAGAGACCUGCGGCGACCCCCAGGAGCGACCAAGAGGCGGAGCCAGACGGGACGGCAUCCUGCAUAUGCCAGCAAAGGCACUGUUUGCCCACGAUCAUAAACAAACAAACUUACCUGAGAUGCCAUCAUGAAGACGUAGGCUCCAGGCCACAGCAAUGCCCGACUGCCGACGCAAAUUGCCAGCUCGCUGAUAAAGGGAAAAACUUUUGUGUCAGUAAAGAUUACUCUUUAAGCUUCAGAAAGCACACCAGGAAAAAGCCAUUCAAAUGCAGUCACAGUGACAGAUGUUUGUUUAGGUCUGACCAUCUGGCUCUUCAAAUGAAGAGGUAUAUUCUGAAGCAGCGGUGAGCACCAAAACCAAGCAAGGCAGCACAGGGCAAAGGUUUGGGGUUUUUUUCUGUAUUUUUUUUUUUUUUUAAAGGGAAGAUUUUUGUGUCAGAAAAUAUACUCUUUUCAAUCAAAAAAUUGCAAUAACAUGACAUAACCUCACAAGUAGUUAUUUUGUAUGCUGUGUUUUCUGUGGGGGGCUAUGAGAGACUAAGCAGCAGGGGACGCACUCAUCUCCAGUGUGUCUUCUGACGAUGCCACCAUCCUCCCCGCAAGUGGGUCUUCUGUCGACGUCAGCCUCGUCUCCCGUGAGUCCAACAAUGUAGCCUUAUGUUUUUCUUUCCUUUUCACGUCUGGAAUCCGUUUUGUUUGGGGGCAUCCUGUCACGCCCUCAUGACUGUUUUGGACUUAUGUUUACUUUUUCCCGUGUGUGGUAUUUCAGUUCCUGUACUGUGCCCUUAAUCUGCUAUUCCACUUCCUCUUUCCAAGCACAGGCGUCCACAUCUGCUACCCGAUUGGCAAACAGGGGCACACCUGCAGCAGUUUGCCAAUCACUCUCCUAUUUAGUUUGGCGCUGUCGGUUCAUUGUCAUUCAUUAUGUCAUUCAUUCUGCCUAUUGUUAUGCCUAAUGUUCCCCUAAAUAAGUUCCGUGACUAGUGCAUUUAUUUUAGCACUGACCUUUUUUUGCUCUGUUUUCUCACUCGCUCGUGAGUGUGU